AUGGGCAAGAAGAAGCGCAACGGUCAGGCGACCCUGCAGUCCGACAGUAAGCCGCCGUUCGAGAAGGAGGCUGUGCCGGACGAGCCCACCGUGGAGCUGCAACUAUACGAGGACUCGAAAACUUCUCCUCCGACCUCCGAGGACUCGGACGACGCGCCGCUCUCAGACGCGCUGGCUGCUGCGUCGGACGGCCUGGUCCAUCGCGUCGCCGUUCAGGCCGCCGUCCAGGCCGCCGAGGCGGCUGCGGCAGAGUCUCACCGUGAAGCGCUCGAAGAGGCCACCGAGCAGGCGAGGGUGGCGGUGCGUGAGGCCCGCGAGGAGGAGCGAGCGGCGGCCGAUCGUCGGAUCGCGACGCUCAAGAUGGAGGAAGCACAACUGAUCGAAUCCGCGGCGUUCGGCCUCUGCCUCCUCAACCUGGCCACCUUCCCAUCCGAGUUGCCGCGGUGGCGGCAGCUGCCAGGCGAUUGGCUCUCGCUGCAGCGAAGGCUCCGCAUCAACCACGUCCUCGUCGCCACCUCCGAGGAGGAGAGCGGUCAUAUCCUCGGCUCGGUCGAGGUGCACAGUCCGCAGUACCAGCAGCGGCUCGCCGGUGGCGCAUAUUCACCCGAGCAGCUGGCGCGGCUGCAGCCGUACCUUGCCUCGCUUGCCGUGCGGGAGGGCGCCCGAGGCCGCGGCGUCGGCCAAUCCCUCGUCGAGGCCGCCGUCGAGGCAGUGCGCUCCUCCGACUACGCCGGAGAGCACUUGCUGCUCGGUGUCACGGAAACGAACAGCGCGGCGGUCCGCCUCUACGAGCGCUGCGGCUUUGAGACGCUGAGCAUCUACGGCGGGCGGGUGCUCCGAGACGCCGCCGGCACAGUGGUGAUCGGGAAGCAGUUUGAGGAGCACAACUCGCUGCCGGGUCCGGUGUAUGCGGGGGGAGGCUACACGCUGCUGAGCGCCGCGAUCCGGGGCGGGCCGCCGGCGGUGCGCCGUGUGCUGCAGGCGCAGCCCGGCGCUGCUCGCGAGGUGACCACCGGCGGCGCCACGGCGCUGCACGUCUGCGGCAUGAGCCGGGCGGGAGAGAUGUCGACGGCGCUUCUUCUCGAGGCGCUCGGCGCGGACGCGGACGUGGAGGCGACCGACGCAUGGGGCUACACGCCGCUGCAGCGGCACGCAAGCAACAACUUGGCGGCGCUGCUGGCCGCAGGCGCGUCGCACACACGGCCGUCGGGGCUGGAGGGGAGAGGCGACAGCGCGAGGGCGCUCGCGCGCCGCUUCCGCCAUUUCGCGACGCUGAGAGUCUUUCAGCAAUUUGAGCUCGAGAGGGGGAUCCCGUUGCCAGAGGGGGAGAUUGAGCUCUAG